UUAUAUCCUUAUUGUUGCAUCAUUUUCCGCUAUUGUUGCGAGAGUCACGAAUGCGGUGAAAAAGUAAUCAAUCGUUUAUAAAGUUGAAACGCUUAUAAUUCGGGGAUUGAAAAUGAAGCAGAAACAUAUUUUAAAUUGUCAACUCUCUGAAUGGUAUAACGUUUUUAAGAACUGUUCAAUACGAAGCAUAAUUAUACCUCUUCCAUCCGAGUUUAUCGACUACCUAAAUCAAGAUGGCGUCGUAUUGCCAGGCAAUGAAGAUGAAGAAGAAAUAUUGCAACAUGAUAGCGAUUCAGAAUCUGAGGACUGGACAGCAGCUGAUGACUGCAACGCAACAACAGCAACUGCCCCAAACUUCACAGAACUGACAAAGAACAUUGAGAAUGCAAUACAAGAGCUUGGGGGUGAAGUUUUUCCCAAACUAAACUGGAGUGCCCCAAGAGAUGCUGCUUGGAUAAGUUAUAAUGGGACUUUGAAGUGUACCACAGCUUCAGACGUAUAUUUACUGUUGAAGAGUUCAGAUAGAGUAAGCCAUGAUAUAAAUAAUCCUUUUAGAAAAUGUGAAGAUGGUGAGGAUAAUACUUUGUUGGAAACAUCUGGAUUUUUCCUGGUACUCAGGAGAUGGCAAGAAAUCUCAUCCUCAACCGAGUUUCGUUGUUUUGUUAAGAAAGGUCAUAUCAUUGCAAUAUCACAACGAGACACAGCCAGCCAUUACCCAUAUAUUGCACAGAAUUAUGAUGAAAUACAUUCCCGAAUCAAGGACUUUUUUCACAAGAAGAUAUCUGGCAAAUUUCCUGAUAAUAAUUAUGUUUUUGAUAUAUAUAUCAAGUCAAGUAAGCUAAUAAAAUUGAUGGAUUUUAAUCCUUUUGGAGCUAUGACAGAUCCACUACUUUUUACAUGGGAUGAAUUGUCCCAGGUUGAACCAGAUGGGCAUGUUGAGCCUGUGGAAACCAUGUUUAGAUUUGUGACAAGUAGCACCGGUGUUCAACCAAGUCCAUUCCUUAGCAGUCGGAUGCCAAAGGAGAACUUAAAUUUAGUAUCUAGUGAUGAUAUCAACAAAAUGGUGGAUUUUCUGAAGUCCGCAGAAUCUAACAAUGAGUAACUAACUUAAUAUUGAGUAAAUAUUUGUAAAUUAUAGAAGCCAUGGAAGAAGCACAUAUUAAAUAUAACCUCUUUGUAAUCUCUAUAUCCUAAUUUGAUAAUCAAAGUAUUUAAUUUAGAAUCAAGUUGAUUAUCUAAAUGCAAAUGUUAACACCACAUAUAACUUUUCUAAAAUGGCAUAAGGUUUCAAAUUUUUACUCAUAAUCAUGGUCUCUGUUGCAAAUCCAAAGGAUAAUAGCUGAUUGCACAUGUUUCACAUGUAUUCAACAUAACUCACAUGGUUAAAUUUCUCGAAAUGCUUGUCAUACACA